AUGUCUCUCUCUCUCUCUCUCUCUCUCUCUCUCUCUUUCUUUACAUUUUUAAUGUAUCACGCCGCCUUUAUAACUCACACUUCCUCUUAUUUAUAUCGCACCAUUACUACUAAAUGGGCGGAGGUAAAUUUUCCCUUUUUCUCCUCCUCUCUCGGUUUUCCAUCUGAAAUCAUUCCCACGGUGGAGUAUCAUUCCCUUUUUUCUAAGUCUGAAUGUCUCUCUCACAGAGCCACUGCUGGAAUAUCUUUUGGAUUCGCAGACAAACGGAGCCGGUUAAAAAGUCUUCAGCUUGAUGAAAAAUAUUUUCCUUGCUUUCAGAAUUGUUUGGCUUCAGUUCGGUAUCCAAAACUAAUCUCCCCUCUCCCUCUCUCUCUCUCUCUCUCUCUCUCUCUCUCUCUCUCUCUCUCUCUCCUUCUCUCUCUCUUAUUGUCUUCAUCCUGUCGUUGCUUUUGGAAUAUUUUUUCUUCAUUUUCCUUCCUUUUUUCUUUUACUUUUGAUACUUCUUCUCUGCUCUUUUUCUCCCUGCCUCACUUUUAUUUUAUUGUUAUCCGUGAUGCUAUCUUAUUCAUUCAUAGGUGUUCUCUGUCUUCCAUUUUUCAUUUAUUUCUUCUUGCAUUUUCUGAGAGAAAAAAUAAAUUAUCUCACUGCUCUAUCUAUCUAUCUAUCUAUCUAUCUAUCUAUCUAUCUAUCUCUAUUUGCCUCUCUCCCUCUCCCUUUACAUAUAUAUAUUCUUAUUCUGAUCUUCAACAUUAA